GGCUUAACAAGCGACACGGGAUGUUCCACUGUCGCCCAAUGCGAUACAAUGCUGAAUACUUGUGUCCUUCUCGACGCAAAAGCUCGGCUUGCAGUAGCGUACAGUGCAAUGAACACCUCCCAAGCUGCCGACAGACGCCACCUCAGAAGCUUGACUUCUCUCCAAAAGCCAUUCGCACAUCCCUUCCGAAGGACACGGUUUGACUUUCCCCUCCAGUCUUAUCGCUCACGCCACCGGGGAAGCUGGCCCUCACCUCAUGAUGAUAAUGGCGGGAACAUCGGAGCGCUAGCGGCGAUUUUCAAUCCCACCCCCCGCACAGGAUGCGUGCACGACUGCUCAAACAGGCAGGCCCGAGGCUCGCGGGUUGAUUUGUACCUGACCGCCAUCACCAAUCGAUCGCAGCUCGGAGCUCCACUGCAACCUUCGGCCGCGUUUACGAGGACGACCUGUCCCGCGAGCUCUUUUCGCCGCCGCCACUUGGCGCGGGCAGGUACGACGUCGAGCCAGUGAGCGAUGGUGAAUCUCAAUCCUGUAGCCUUUUGCCUUUCGAGGUGGAUGCUCGAAGAUGCUACGACGUCGAUCGUGG